CGCACGCACUGGAGGUACUCGCACCGUCAGCUCUGUGGUGUCAACUCCUGCUCACUUUGUCCGGAUGAGAAAGUAAACCUGUUGAAUUCUUUAGGUUGUUUGUAAAGGAUGGCUCUGGCCGAUACCCUUCUGCCGUCCAUCGCUGGCUUUUCCAGCAUUCAGAUUUUGGAUGAAAAACAUGCUGAAGUCCUAAGAGAAUGGUCCAAUGAUCAAUCCGAGGUCGUGACAAAACCCCGCGUCGAAGUUGAAUUCAGUAUCGUUGAGUCCCCGCCACUAACCAAGGACGAGGACGAGCUAUCCAGGUUUCUGGAUCUCGAGUUUAUUCUGUCUAACUCGAUGGCAUCACAGAAUGAGGGUCACUCCGUUACCCCGGCGUAUCCGUUACCAGAAUCACCGGAGAGUUGCAGCACUGCGUAUGACAGCGCUGAUUCUGCGCACGGCCUUGUAGCCGAGCUUCUAAGCCCAGGCAUGGGCUACCGACCCGAUACGACUCAAGACUACAACCCGAAAGGACAUUUUGAUACACCGGAAUACACUGAUUUGAGCAUGGUGGACACCAGAAGUCACGCGCACUUGCACCUCGCCACUCCACACGCGUCGGCUUACAAAAUAAAGACCGAGCGGCGCGAGCAGCCAUGCAUGAUGGCCAACGACUACACGGGACACUUUUAUGGACAGAAGGUUCACGGUGUUGCUCCCGUGCAGCCGUUUGUCCAGCAUAUACACGACGUGUCCCGGGAGGUGAACGUGCACGUGGCGCAGCAGCAACAGCACUAUCCAUAUCCACCGCAGUAUCACGGCGCGCAGCACUAUCACGGACAGUACGCCAUUUUCACAGAACCUAUGCGGGCCCAUCACCCGGGUAUGCCCGGCACAGUUCUCACGCCACCGUCGUCACCGUUGCUCGAGCUCUACGGCACUGAGGAGAGCAGACCGAAGCGGGGAAGGCGCGCGUGGGCCCGGAGACGCGCCGCCACGCACAACUGCGAGUUUGCGGGCUGCGGGAAAACCUACACGAAGAGCUCGCACCUGAAGGCUCACAUGCGGACUCACACUGGUGAAAAGCCAUACCACUGUACCUGGGAGGGAUGUGGCUGGAAGUUCGCCCGCUCCGACGAGCUGACCCGUCACUACAGGAAACACACCGGUCACAGACCCUUCCAGUGCCACCUCUGUGAGAGAGCAUUCUCCCGCUCCGACCACCUUGCCCUGCACAUGAAGAGACACAUGUGAAAACAUGCCUUAUUUAAAAGGACAUUUUCAUUAGAAUUAGAGAAGUGGUUCAAGGAGAAAAAGCUAAUUUAUACACAUUUUCCCCUUACCUCACAUCAAUAUUUAACUAGUUUUGCACUGGAGCUCCUUAGCUAAUCCACCUAACUAAUAAUGGAAGCUCAUGACCACUAAUUAGUAUCACCAAAACUUGUGUACAUUAGUUAUAUUUUUUCUUCAUGAACUACUUCUUUAAG